UAAUAAUAAAGUAUCUAUCCACGUUCUCCGGUGGCGUGUUACCGGAUUCGGCCGGAGCCAGACGCGAGAAGCGACGGAUCACGUGCAGCCCCUGAUGACUCAGCCGGUAUCAGUCAGCGCAGCGUCGGCUGCGGGAUCUUUUUUUGUAUAUCAAGAUCUCGCCAACAGCUUCAACUUCAUCCGAUUCUACCUCUCGUCUUGUUCUCUUCUCCCUCUCUCCUCCUCACUCUCUUCUCUCUCUUCUCUUCACUGCCUCCAUCUCUUGACUCUUCGCAGCCUGUCCUUCCUUCCCUACACUCCUUACUCUUUCCCCUCCCCGGAUCCCCUCCCGCCUUGGCGCUUUAUAAUUGACUACUCGGCGGACCCUUUGGCCAGCUCCAAUAAAUUCCAAUAGUCCCCGAAUCCCCCGAGUCUUCAAAUCCUCCCACGCUCAUAAGUUUGCUGGACAUUGUAUUCGAUAUUCCAUUCUUCAGCGAACAACGAAGAAGAACUAUAAUAAAACCCAGAAACCCAGAAGCACGGGACGCCCUUACAGAUAAAGUAGUUCAUCCUCACCACCCGCCCCUAUCAACCUUGCUGCUUAAUUCGCGCUUUUUUCCGCCCCACCCCUUGAACCCAACUUCGCCCUGAUCGCCUUCGCCCCCUGGAUAAUCGAACAGAAAAGCUGCCCUCCCGCUAGAGCCCACUGGGCUUGGGUUUGUUGCGCUCGGCAGCAGCACCUUCAAGAUGGCCAACGCGACGGUCUACUCGGAUUUGCCGCCUCUUCCGACCUACACCCUCACUCUCCGCGAACCCCUGAUCCCUCCGAUCCCCGACAGUGCCCUGGGCCAAAUCAUGACGAUAGUCGCGUACUGGAUGGUGUCCCUGAUAUUUCACUGGAUCGACAUCAACGACUACUUCCCCCAGUACCGCCUGCAUACCCCUGCUGAGAUUUUAAAACGGAACCGUGUCACACGGCGAGAGGUUGUUCGGGAUGUGGUUGUGCAACAGGUGAUCCAACUUGCAAGUGGCGUUUUGUUGGGAUAUUUUGAUAGCCCUCAAUAUGCGGGCAAGGAUGAAUACAAUGUUGCGCUCUGGGCUCAGCGAUUGCGACUCGUUCAGCACAUGAUCCCCUCCGCUCUCUCCGUCAUCGGAAUCGAUGCGCUAGGAUUAGCCGAGAAGCUGUCAUCGUACCCGACGGUGGCUGCUGCAAUCUCUGGUGGCCGAUAUCAAUGGUUGACGCAAAAUGUUCUAACAGCCGCCGGAGAAUCCGUGGUGGUCCCCGCGUUUGCUAGUUGGGAAAUGAAUGUAGCCCACGCCAUUUACUGGUAUUUAGUACCAGCUUUGCAAUUCGCUUCCGCGGCGUUCAUCAUGGACACAUGGCAAUAUUUUUGGCACCGCGCAAUGCACCUAAACAAAUGGCUGUACACAACCUUCCAUUCCCGCCAUCAUCGCCUGUACGUGCCCUACGCCUUUGGUGCAUUAUACAACCACCCGAUUGAAGGUUUCCUCCUCGAUACCGCUUCUGGCGGCGUGGCAUUUCUCCUCACAAGAAUGACCACUCGUCAAGGAAUUUGGUUUUUCACAUGCUCAACAAUCAAAACAGUCGAUGAUCAUUGCGGCUAUGCAUUCCCCUUCGACCCCCUCCAACAUUUCACCUCCAACAAUGCUGCCUACCAUGACAUCCAUCACCAAAGCUGGGGUAUCAAAACCAACUUCUCCCAGCCGUUUUUCACCAUUUGGGACCGGUUCCUGAAUACCCGUUGGACGGGUGGUGACGUCACUCUUCGAUAUGAACGGUCACGUAAUGCAGCACAGAAAUUAGUCGACGAAGAAAAUGAAAAGCGAGCAUCCGCCGAUGUCCAAGCAGACCCAGCACCUGUUAGAGAAGAGGAUGAGUCGGUUUCACGGAAUCUGUUAUCGCGUAGCGUUCGACGGAAAACUGUUUCAUUUUCUCCACAGACGGACGGCAUGAAAGCCGCCGUCAGCCAUCGGCUCAACGGGAGUAUACGACAAAAGUAAUACUCCCUCUUUAAAUUUAAUAACCUACAAGAACGACAAAUGGGGACUGAUGUUCUGAUUCUCCUGCAAACCUUCAUUACCUCGUGCAUAACGUUUUGCUUCCUACCCCUGGCUAGGGUUGGUUAUUAAAAUCAUAUUCCCCAGAUGGCGCUUAAUAUUUCUAUUCGUUGCCCCUUGUAUAUGUGUUGUUCUGCUUGGUUUUUACUCUUACAUUCUUCGCUACAUCAUUCUCCCCCCGCUUUAUUAUCUAAUGCCGACAUCUGGUUAUAGUCAUGUUCACUCGUUACGUUUUGGUGGCACCCCCCUCCUUUCCUCCCUUAUAGUAAAUUACCUACUUUACUCCUUUCUUACUUUCUUUUCUUUUCGUUUUUUUCUCAUUUAUCGCCUCUUUAUUCAUGGUGUUUUCGCGUGUGUCAUAUUCACCAUCAUUGGAUUGACCCACCUUUUCCUCUUUCAGCUGCUACUUUAUACUUUUCUUUUAUUUGCCCUAUUUUUCUCUCUACGGGAUUGGUAUUAUAGAAGCGCCUAUGUGACAACCAUCCCUUUUUACCCAAUAGUUAUCCUUUUUUUUCUCUUCUUCCUUCCCGUUCUAUUCUAAAUACAUUUUUACUGGACCUUUUUUUUCUGCCUUCUCUUCGUUUUACUCGUUAAAAAUAACAUCCUUUACUUAUUCUCUUCAAGGUUGUCUCCCUUUCUCUUUGGGUCUCCUUUUUUCACCCCGCUCACCUUGGCCUUGACUUUAUUUCACCAAGCCAUGUAUGUAUAAUAGCCUUGAAUAGUCUCACCCACGAGGGAAACUGCAACCCAAAAUAGUCAACUAAUUCGACGCUAAUAUUAAUUAAAAUUAUUUUACAGUG